CAAAGAGAAAAAUUACAGCUGAAUUCUAUCAACACUGUAGUUAUCAUUUUCGCAUAAAAACUUGUGAAACACUUGAUAGCUUAUUAGAACCACUUUAAACUGUUGAGUGCAGCGAGAGGUACAGUAAGACACCAUACGACCCACAGGUGAGGGAGCAUCACAGUGUGCUGCUAAAUAAAAGAAAAAACAAUUUACAAAAUCGUGCACCAUUCCCUCGACUUGACUAAGUCUGUAACAUGUUGCUGCAUUGCUUGAGCUUCAUGUAAGAGAAGUUCAUCCGAGGCAAAACUGGUGGUGUAACUUUAUAGGACCAGCAUCCAUUCUUACUAAGGACUUUGUGAACUUUUAUUCUGGUAGUGACAAGUCACCACUAUCUGUGAGUGUUCACCCUUAGGACACCGUUUUUGAUCUCCAUUUAAUUAAUGCUUGGUGGUGCUGAGGUGGUGACAACUACAUCUGGUCCCCUCAGCCACACUUGUUGACACCCCCGCCUUUGAUGUGGAGGUCGAAUCAUCCCCUCUGUGGGCAGUGAGUCUGACAGGGAACUUACGUCCCCCCAGGAGAUCAAAGGCACCACUGAUACAAAGAAAAGACUUAGUGCAAGUGCUACAUAAACUUUACUUUGGAAAAAAUGGCUUCCAAUUUGAUCCUUAUCUUCACAGUGCUCAUCAUGGGAUUAAUAGAUCUGGUAACAGGUGAAAUCAGUUCAGCAAGUGCCUGUUUCAACAAAGCAACCAAAAUAGACAUUCAGUGUCCAGAGCGGACCAUGCUGCGGAUCCACCGGGUCUUUUUUGGAUACAGUCCGGACAACCACUGCUCCUACUCCCCCGGGGACUGCACCUACACGGAGCACGAGAACUACCCCUGCGUGGGUAAGGAGCGGUGCAGCAUCAACCUCCCAAGCGGCGGAUUCGGCCGCAAGAUUCCGUCCUGUAAGCAGGAGAGUAACUACUUCCAGGUGGACUACGAGUGUGUUCCAGCCUACAUGACAAGGAGUAUCUGCAAUGUAGAGGACCUCAGGGAUCAGUCAGGGUAUUUAGCCAGCCCUGGUUACCCUAACAACUACCCAGCUAACCUGGACUGUGCGGCCAGGAUCCGGGUCAACCCGAACCAGUCGGUCAAACUGUUUGUGAUUGACAUGGACCUGGAGACCAAUGUGUCCAUAGAGUGCACCGACUACCUGUAUGCCCGGGAUGAGACCCGCAGUGUCACACUGUGUGCCCGCCGGGCAAAUGAGCCCAUUCCAAUCCAGUGGGGCGAGCUCUUCAUACAACUUGUGUCCAAUGGAAUCGAGAACCACAAAGGAUUCUGGAUGUAUUACGAAGCUGAUCCCCCUCUCCCAAAGCCCACCACCCCAUCUGUACAGAGAACUACCCCAGACACCCAGAGGGAGGGCCAGGCCUGGGAGGAGAGCGAAGACCCCCUCCCAAUGACUCGCACAGACACCCUCAAAAUGCAAACCAAGGAAAGCAAGCUCCCGUUCGUGGCAAUCAUUGGUGGCGUGAUAGGAACACUGAGCUUCAUUCUGAUCGUCUUACUCGUCCUGCUCGGACUUAAAUGGUUGAAGGAGAGGAGGCGACGAAUGGACAAGAACCGAUUCAUCGAGGUCCAGAAUCCCGCAUACAGGAACAGCACUGAGUUCCGCAACGUGCCGAAUGACAAUUUCUAUAAUUACAUCGACUGCUAGGGGUGUCAAAACCUGGUCCAGUCCAAACAAUCAAGUCUGCUGUAAUUAAAUCACCUCUCGAGCCUCGGACUGAAGCAGGCAUUCAGAGUCCUGAGGCAACCAAUGAUAAUCAAGCACUGUGAUUGCAGAUGUUUCCAAACUCAAAUUUUCUUGGCAAACUAAGGAGAAAAAAUAGUCGGUGUUUGUUCAGCAGAACGAGGAUGACAAAUUCCUGGAGUAAUCUCCCCUGAAAUCAUGGACAGGACUGUUUACCUUUCAGCAUAGGUCCAAUGAUUUUUCGGGGGUUGAUUAACCUCAGUGUUGCAGAUAGUGACUGCUAUAUAAUAAUAAUAAACUGUGAUAAGAAACAAAUAAUGGCAGACUCACACCAGAAGCUAUAGGUGCAAUAUAAAGGUGUGUGUUCCUUGAGACAGCAUUAACGUGCAAUAUAUCUGUAUAACAUGUACAGCCUUUCUUCCUAUUCUGUCUAACUGUUCUGACAUUUUAAUCUUCCAUAUUAAGCAAACACUGGAACCAACAGUGACACACAGAAACUUGAUGGCUCUGCACUGGUGAGCUUUAGUGCUAAUUGUAAAAAUCUGAACUCUCUGAUGACUCAACCCUGAUUUAGAUAGUGAAACAAGUGAUUGUUUUGAAUUUGACAGAGAAAUCAAUAGAGUUGAAAUGAUAAGACACAAAAGUCUCCCAUAUUACACAAUUAUAUAUAAAGCCUAUCAUGCUACGACGCAGCCACCAAAUUCAGGUGCCUUGUCAUUACGCCCUGUUCAUUAAUAUCCCACCUCUCACCAAUCUGUAUAAUAUUAAGGUCUCCCUCAUUCUAAACCUCUUCACAACUAAACAAUCACCACACACAGCCUCCAGCUACAGAAAUGGAGAUCCUGAAUAUAUGACAAAGUCAUUUACAUGAAUUAUUUAACCCAAAGCAGAGCGUCCCCGUGAAUCUUUAAUUUCCUGUCAUUUCAUUACAACUCAUUGAAUCAAUUACAAUGACGAAGUGUAAAAGGGAUCACAUGACUUAUUUUUUGACCUAUUUGUAACAGUUUGUUUGUAAAUAUUCCAUUGUGUAUUAACUUAUUUGUAUUUAUUUUGUAAAUUAAUUGUGCCCAGAGCAAACCUCUACAAAAGGGAUGAACAAAUGGUAAAAAUUUCUAACACAAUUUUUCCUAGGUUACCUCCCCUUUGUGAGACGUUUGCUAGCGGUUUUUUUCUGUGAUAUGUCACUUAUAAUUAAUGUUAUUUUUUCCCUAGUCAAAUCCAAAAUAGCAAUGCCCUAGUACAAUGUUGCCUUGGGUAAUUUUAGUAAACAUUUUUUUGCUUCAAUAUUAAUAAUUUUUAUUGAUUUUUCAAUCAUCUAAAAUUUCCACGUUUAAUUUUUCAUGUAUAGAUUAUCAUGGCCAAUGAAUUUGGUAACUAAUACAGGAUCUCAAAAUAAUCAGUAUUAAUCACAUUUUAUAUAAUAAACAUUUAAAAUGUUUCCAUAUUAAAUGUGAAUCAUCUUUUUGAAAAAAUGAAAACAUUUUCUUGAUUCAUAAAAACUGCAAACAUGUAAACAUGUUUAUGCAUCAAUUCCCUCCAACACGGACAGAGAAAUCCACGCUAGAUUCAUGUCAUGCUAUCCGACCCGCAUGAUUAUGUAUGUCAGGCUACCCUUUGUGGCGACGUACCCAUGCUACCUUAUGUGAUAACGUGUCACCAUUAUGUUGUGUCGUUCUGUAGACGUUAGCUUGCAUUAGACACGGAUCAGAAAUCCAGUCUCAUUCCACUAGCUGUAGAUGUGUUGUAUGUAUUCGGUACAACUGUACUGGGGUAAUGCAAUUCAACUGUUAUAUAGAUCAUUGCUAUUUAUUGAUGCAUAUUUUGUUGGUAAGAAAUCAAAUUGCUGGCAAUUUCACCAGAAAAUAGUCAGAAAUUAUAUUGUUUGAAUAAAAAUCAAUAAAUAAAAUCAAUAUGAAACCAAA